AUGGAGCGGGUUCGGCUAAUUCAGGGUAGGAUGUUAACUGCUCAGAGUCGCCAGAAGAGCUAUGCUGACAGGCGAGUUAGACCAUUGGUGUUCAUGGUUGGUGACCAGGUAUGGUUGAGGGUCUCACCCUUGAAGAGUUUCAUGAGGUUCGAGAGGAAGGACAAGCUUAGACCUAGGUUUAUUGGCCCUUUUGAGAUCAUAGAUCGAGUGGGAAAGGUGGCCUAUAGACUUGCCUUGACACCCAGUCUGUCUUCUGUAUAUCCAGUAUCUCAUGUAUCGAUGCUACAAUGCUAUAUUCCGGAUGAGUCUCAUGUGAUUUCCCAUGAUUCGAUGGAGUUGAGCCCAGAUUUGACAUAUGAGGAGUAG